AUGCCGUUUUUGGGAUUAAACUUCCUGGUAAUAGUGGACGCACAUACAAAAUGGCCAGAGGUAAAAAUAAUUCCGGACAUGACAGCAGAUACAACGAUUGUCUAUCUACGUGAAUUUUUCACAACGUUUGGUGUUCCAUCGGUUAUAGUGAGCGAUAGAGGAGUUCAGUUCACUUCAGAACAGUUUCAGGCAUUUCUGAAAAAAAAAAACGGUAUUACACAGAAGUUAGGAGCACCAUACCAUCCAACCACAAACGGGCAAGCGGAACGAUUUGUGCAGACUUUUAAGGAUAAGCUCAAAGCUAUUAAGUGCGAGAAGAGAGACGUUCAGUAUGAGCUACAUAAAAUCCUCAUGGCGUAUAGGCGAACAGUACACCCUACGACAGGUAAAUCACCGACAAUGCUGGUUUUCGGUAGACAAAUAAAAUCUAGGCUAGAUCUUAUGAUUCCAACAAAUGGGGUAGAGAAGAUUCCGCGAGGAGAAGAGAUUGAACUGCGUCAUUUUGCUGUUAAUGAUAGGGUUGCUGCACGCGAUUACACGGGCUCGUCUAAAUGGAGGUACGGCGUCGUUACUGAACGAUUAGGUGAACUGCACUAUAUGGUCGAGCUGGAUGAUGGACGUUUGUGGAAGAGACAUAUUGAUCAACUGAGACACGGUCCAGCAAAGGAACUACAACUUGUCACAGAUCCCACUAUAAUUGGGAUUGACGAACAGGAGAUUUUGGAUAAAACCGCGGCUUCUUCGGCUAGAUUACUGGAACGAUCGACUGAUGAAGUCCAAACGGCUCACCAGAUUCCUAGCAGUUCUGCGACAUUGCCAGCAAGCUGUAGAAAUCAGUCGACUGAACCAGAAGGAACUACAAUGAUGGAAAAUCAAGAAAAUUAA